AUUGAUGGCGAACCUCAAGCUCCCGUGCUGCGGGCUGUUUGGAGGCCUCCUUGGCUACCUCUUCCAAAGCAACCCGGCACCGGAGAAUGCGCCGUCGUCACCGCAUUACCGCCCUCCGCUCAUGACCAACUGGCAUGCGUAUACGUCGCCACUGGUCCAACCCGAAAUCAUCGACAUGCGUGGUGGUGGCCACUUGGACUUGCACGUUGGCGAAGUCUUGCACGCGUGGGGAGGCGGCGCGCCGUCUGGAACAGUCUAUGGCUUUGGGAAAGAUGGCUCCCCCCCGACAUUCCCAGGUCCAACCAUCCUCACCGCUCGCAACGUCCCGAUCUCCGUCACAUGGACCAAUCGCCUGGGCACCGCCCCACACCUUCUCCAUCGCAACACAGAGCCGUCCUUCCUCGUCGAAGCAUCCGCAUGCUAUCCCAACUGCGGAGUUCCCACGUCCAUUCACGUACACGGGUUAGAGAACCCUCCCAAGUAUGACGGACUGCCCACGCACACCUUUUACCACAACACAAGUUUCCGAGCCGAGUAUGCGAAUCGACAGAGUCCAUCAACUAAAGUAUACCACGACCAUGCGUGGGGCUUGUCUCCUUUGAAUAUGUGGGCCGGCAUGGUUGGCUUGUAUGUCAUUCAUGACGCGACGUUGGAGUCGAAAUUCAACUUGGCCGACCUGCCCGACAUGGCGCUGAUCCUUCAGGACAAACUAAUCAGUGCUGCCGGCGCCUUGAUGUACACGGAGAAGCUCGACUGCAUGCCUGUGAUACCGACCAAGUGGGUGCCGGAAGCUUACGGCAGUGUCAACACGGUGAAUGGGGUCGUGAUGCCCGUCGCAACAGUGGAAGCGCGCCAGGUGCGUUUCCGAUGGGCCAACGUGGCCAACGCCCGCGCGUACGCGUUGGAUUUGCCAUUUGCAUCGCUUUGCACAAUCAUUGCCACGGAUAGCGGGUUUGUACAGCAGUCGAGGGCAGUGCCUGCCACGGGCUGGACGCUGUUUCCUCUCGAGCGCGUCGAAAUGGUGUGCGACUUUACAUCCGUGGCACCUGGUACGACGUUCGACAUCGAAGACACGCCGUCCCAAGAAAGCGCGUACGUAUACGACAAGCGUGUGAUGCGAUUCCAGAUCGUUCCGUCGAAAGCCGCGACCCGAGUCGUCGUCCCACGCGACCUCGUGCCGAUGAAAGAUCUGCGCGCGCUGCAUCGUGACACGCGCGGGUUGACGCGGCGAAUCACGCUCGGGGAGCUCAUGGACGGACGUGGGUGUUCGACGCACUUGUUUUUGAAGGAGCACGGCGUGGUGAAGGACACAUCCACGAUCAAGAGCACCCUGCACUGCACGCUUGGCAAGGUCGAGAAGUGGGAAUUUGUCAACCCGACCGCGGACCCACAUCCAUUCCACUGGCACCUCGUCAAUGCCAUGUGCGGGGACAACGACGCCACGAUCGACACGAACGAGCUCAAGGACGUCGUGGCGAUUCCGUCGCGGCCGGACGGCGGCGUCGCGUACGUCUGCUAUGUGGCAUGCACGCCCGACGAGUUUCUCGUGGAGCACAGCACGCGACCGGCCGUCGGAUUUGGUUUCAACGUCACGGAAGGUCCGUACUUGGCGCACUGCCACAUCAUGGAGCAUGGCGAAAAUCAAAUGAUGGCGUGGUUUCAGCUGACCACCACCGACAUCGCCAAUUGAAUGCAAAUCCAGUUGUGGA